AUGUCACAAAUUCAAGAUCAAUUGGAAAAUAUCCCUGGAUAUGAUGUUGUAAUGGAUUAUUUCAACGAAUAUGGGGAAGAACAUUGGAAUGCUAAGGUUAACCCUUUUGAGGAUGAGAACGGGAACAAGCGUCGUCUUCCCAAAGAUUUAGCAACGAAACAUGAUCAGCAAGUAUGGAAACAGAUUCAAUCACAAGCAUGGACUGAUGACAAGUGUUUUCUAGGGAGUUGUGCUGUGGGGUUAGACUGUGGUUUGGGAUUGGCUCCCUUGGUAGUUUUGAUAUUUCCAGUGUUGGGUCCACUUAUCAUGUAUGGGGUUCAUACUAGAGUGAUAAACAUAGCACAGAAAAAUUACAAUUUGCCCAAUACGCUCAUUGCAAAACUACAGACGAAUAUAAUGAUUGAUUUAUUGAUUACGUUUCCUCCGGUGAUUGGCAGUUUUUUUGGUUGGCUACAUGCUUGUUCGACGAGAAAUGCAGGAAUGAUUUAUAUUUAUUUAGAGAAAAUGCUUAAACAUAAGGUGUCGGGCCAGGGUGUGAGUUACGUAGGCGCCAGAAUGACAGCAGGAACUUAUGAAGGUCAGCCAAACGCUGGCAGUUCAGUACAGGGGUCUCGGCCACAAACAGUCAAGUCCACUGGACUAUUUAAGAAAAAGCCAACUACCAACAAUUCAAUUAGGGUGGGCCAACAAGAAUCUGGGUUUAUGUAA